AUGCAUUUACUUCUUGCUGCUAAGAUCAGCGAAGAAAUGGUUAGGAGAGCUGAAGUUGUCUUGAACGACUUCUAUUAUGAAGCUCAAGACAUUUAUGGUUUUUACACUGAUCUAUAUCCAUGCAGGAGAGAACUCUGCGGUCUCAACGUCCACAAUCUUUGUCACCUCCCCGACCAAGUGAGAAACUGGGGACCGUUGUGGACCCAUUCAUGCUUUAAUUUUGAGGAUUUGAAUGGAUGGAUCAAGACGUUCUGCCACGGAACAGGAGACGUGUGUCAUCAGAUUGUGAGAGGAAUGUCGACGUGGCAGGCGAACGUAAGAGAUUGUGUAGCAGAUUCGUGUGACGAUACUGCGUCAAACGCAUUUAUUCAAGACAUGAUGACGUCCCUCCCCUAUUCGAAAUUGCAUACGCGACUUUUGCAGUCUAGAACCAAAAAUUGCAACAUUUUUCCACCAUGCAAGCCCGCAAUUUUGAGCAGCAACCUGUACGAUGCAGUAAAAGAGUUAGAUUCCAAUUGUGGAGAGCUAGAGGAAGUGUCUCGCAUCUUACAUAACGGUGAAGUCUUUUACGCUGUCACCUCCGAGAGGCACAUCAAGAGAGAACCCUUUGUCGUCUUACUUCGCAGUUCGUCUGUUGCUAUCAUAAAGAAAUUCCUUUAUUCUAGACAGACCAACAGAGUGUACGUAGUCGUAGAUGACUUUCAAAAGAUGAUGUCGCUAUUUCGUGACCGACUGCCGAUGCUAACGAAGAUCAAGAAAAACAGCCAGGCGAACGAGAGAUCUUACAUUGUCAGAACAGAAGAUGUGAUAGAGAAAGUCAUUUACACGAACACCAUCCCUACCGAAACAUAUGCCUACAUUACUCAACAGCCAAACCAUUUUGAGAAAUUAUUGACUGCCUGUUGUGUACAUGCAGACGGAUAAAUUAGCAAAGACAGUCGCGGAGGCUUUCUUUCUGGUCUAUAGAAGAUUACAGAAAUUUAGAGAGAAGAGACAAGUAUAGAUCGUGACUCUUGAUCAUCAAAUGCACAAUUUCAUUGAUAUCUUCCAGUAUAGUCUUGACUUGUCGUUCCAAUUCUCGACAAUACUGUAUACGUACCUGUGUACGUAUGGAAAUAAGUCUGAUAUUGAAGCAUAACUGUAUUUGAAUACAGGUUAAUUGAAAA